CAGUCGCUUCCGCUCGUCUCAAAUCGCGCUGCGUUCUUCCCCAAUUCAUCCAUUUCAAUUUCAAUUCCGCACCAGAAAAAUGCCGUCUCUAGUUUUUUCCCCCGCCGCCGUCUCAAUCCCUCGCUUCCCCGUCCUCACUUCGACCCUUUCCUCCACCCGAUUCCUCUCCGGCGCCCACCAACUCUCCGUCCUCCAACCCCUCCGCGGCCGCAGAGAGCUCGUGAUCCGCAUGGGCGGCGGGCCACGGACGUACCCUGGCGGCGUAUCCAAGUGGCAGUGGAAACGGAUGCAGGCCAACAAAGCGAAGCAGCUCCUCAAGGCUCGCCUUUGCCGCGAGCGGCAGCUCUACGAGAUGCGCAAGCGGGCGGAGCUACGCGCCGCCGCCUCCGAGCUCGAGCGCCCCUGGGAGGUCGUCGAGCGCGCCCCAAAUCUCUUUUCCGUCUCCGCCGAUGACCAACUCCGGGCCCUCGCCGACCGGUUCCAGCGCCCCGGCAGCUUCGACAUGUGGAACGACCGGGACGGGCCGCAGGUGUUCCGCUCGCCCGUCGACGGGCUGCCGUCGGCCAGGUUCUUCCCCGAGGGCGCCGUGCACAGCGUGAAGCCCUACGGCGUCGCAGCGGAGCCGAGAGAGGACGGAGAAACGGAUGAUUGGAUUCCCAGCGGAGGAAGCGGAAGGAGUAGGAGGAGAUCAAGAUCAUUGGAUUCACAUGAAGAUGAAUCUACCGACGUCGCAGCGAAGAAUCUGGACGACGAGACGCAUAAAAAUACGACCUUCUUUACAUCAAAGAACUCACGACCUCUGACGAAUUUCAACACUCCAGAUAAAAUUGCAAGGAAAGAUUGGAAGAUUUCUCCGAGAGAAGGUGGUGCCAGGGAUUCCAGAAAAAAAAUGGCGGCUUCUGAUACGAAGCAAAGAUUUGGUUGGAAAGAAUUCGAUGAAACUAACGAAAACCUGAAGAACUUGAAAUUGGAGACCGGAGAAGCUAAUUCUGUGAGGAAGAAAAUGAGUUCAAGAAACCAUGGCAACAGCAGGAGCCAAGGAUUUAGGACUCGGCAUAGUUCUAAUGUAGUUGAAAACACUGCUUUUCAGAGAGUAAAAAUGGAUAGAAUGGGGAGCUACAGCAAGCACAGCAACACUAGGUUCAAGGUGGGGAGAAGAACAUUGCGACCGACCACCGAAUUGUUCGACGGGGAAAGUAGCGAUCGGAGGGAGAAUUCCAUGCGAGGAGGAGAUGAUGGCUUCAGGAGGAACUUAGAUAUUUGAGUUUGCUUGUGGAACAACUUGGUUAUGGAUAGUGACUAUUGCAAUUCUUUAAACCUUUGAAACAUGAAUCCUCAGCACUUGCUUGGUUGUAUGUGAUUAUAACAUGAAUGUAUUGCAAUUGUGCAUCAGGAUGGACUGAAACUUAGCACUCUCACUGAUGCUUCUAGUCUUGGUUA